ACACACACACACACACACACAAUGGCAGACGACCGCAAGACGUACCUCGUGCCGGGCUACCCCGCGCCGCCUUCCUUCCUGUCCACGGCUAUCGUGUCCGGCGGGUUCAUCUACUGCUCUGGCGCGCUGCCCGUCACGCCGGACGGUAAGAUGGUCGAGGGGACGUUUGGGGACCGUGUUACCGCCGUCCUGGACAACCUCGAGGCGGUGCUCAAGGCGCACGGCUCGGGCCUGGAGCACACGGUCAAGGCGCUCAUCUUUAUCACCGACUACGCCAACUUUGACGAGCUGAACCGCGUCUACACGCCGCGCAUGCCCACGCCCGCGCCCGCGCGCUCGUGUAUCGGCGCGGCCAAGCUCCCGCGCGGGUCGGAUAUCGAGAUUGAGCUCGUGGCGCUUGCCCCGCGCGCCAAGCUCUAGGCGGUGACGAGCUGGCGAGGUGGCGAGGAGAAGAAUCAAAAGAGCAGUAGUGUAGUGCAAGCAAGAUCAGAUGCUAUGAAGUUGUCUAUCGAUGUGUUACACGCGCGGGGGAGGCUCGACCUCCCGCCGCCUACUUGAACAUGACGCACACCUCCGCCGCGACAACGAGACAACCC